AUGGCGGCGGCGGCCGGCACCGUCAGCUCCCGCGCGCUGGCCCUCGCCGGCGCCGUCCUCUUCGUCCUCGUCGCUCCCGGCGCCGCGGCCGCCGAGGCAGCCGCGCCGCGGCCGGCGCCGCUGGAGUUCCACGUGGGCGGGCCGCGCGGGUGGCGCGUCCCCGACGCCAACACCAGCUACGACUGGUGGGCCACGAACAACCGCUUCCACGUCGGCGACCGCCUCCUGUUCAAGUACGCCCAGGACUCGGUGCUGGUGGUGGACCGCCCGGCCUUCGACGCCUGCAACGCCACCGAGCCGCUCGCCGCGUUCUCCGACGGCGCCACCACUGUCCGCCUCGACCGCCCGGGCUUCUUCUGCUUCAUCAGCGGCGAGCCGGGCCACUGCCAGGAGGGCCAGAGGCUCAUGGUGCGCGUCAUGGUGCACCCGGCGGGCCUGGCCGCGGCGCCCGCGCCUGGGACCUUGACGCAGCCGGGCGUGCGCCCCAGGCCGUCGGGGUGCGCGUGCUCCGGCGCUGCCGCAUCGGUCGCUGCCGCUGCCGGCGUCGCUGUCAAGGCGGCCAUGGCUGUGCUUGUUGAUCUCGCCUAG